AUGAUUAGGAUAGUGGUCGCGGCCGAAGGGAUAUCAGGGUGGGCCGACUUGACACCCAGACCGAUACCGACGGCGAUGGCAGCGGCGAUGAUAAUCUGGACCGCGGAACCAGGCUCGAUGACCGGAUGCCACCAAGGCUUCUUCUCGUGCACCGACUCUCCCGACGUGACGGAGGCCUGA